AAUGGGAUAUGUUGGGAUUUAGUCUCAUAUGUGCGUGUUCCAUCGUUUGUUCUAAAAAACCCUUAUACCCUUUGUUUGUGCCUCACGAGCCUCUGCGACUCCUUUUCCGACGUCCUCUCACCUCCGGCGUCUUCCCACAUUCGGCGCCUGCUCAUCUCCGGCGUCUUCCCCCAUUUGGCGUCUCUUUCACUUUCGUAUGGCUAUUGAUAAAAGUUGGAUUACAUUGGAAAACCGCAACUCUAAUGAAUUCUGGGAUGGUCUUAAUAACUUCAUUGAGAUUGCAAAGGAACAUGCCGACAGUAAUGGGUUAGUGAGAUGUCCGUGUACAGACUGUUUGAAUAUGUCGUUUCACACGUUGGAUAGAAUACACGCUCAUAUAUAUAGGAAAGGGUUUCAACAGUCAUAUCAACGAUGGAUUUUUCAUGGUGAAGUAAACACUAUGGUGUUAGAUGAAGUAGGCCCAACGACGAAUGAGAUGGCUGAUGCCCUCAUUGACCUUGUAGGGGAGCAAAAUACAAAUGAAGUUGCUACAGAUGAAGGAAAUUCUGAUGCACAGAGAGCUGGUGUAGACCAAGAAUUUGUAGAACUGUUUGAGGAGGUUGAAACAGAGUUGUACCCUGGUUGUACCUGGUUGUCUUCCUUGAACUUCUUAGCAAAACUAUUACAUAUGAAGGCCAUGAAUAAAUGGACCGAUGGUUCUUUUAACCAACUUUUAGAGUUUCUGAAGUUUGCAUUCCCAAAAGAUAAUAAAAUUCCAAGUUCAUACUAUGAUGCUAAGAAGAAAAUGAGAAAGAUAGGGUUAGGAUACGAAGCGAUCCAUGUUUGUCGGCAUGAUUGUUGUUUAUUCUGGAAGGAGUAUGCAUCAAUGGAUAAAUGUCCAAUUUGUGGUGAUAGUAGAUGGAAUGAUGAUAAGACAACAGGAAAGAAAGUUCCUCAUAAAGUUUUACGUUACUUUCCUUUGACGUCUAGGCUUAGACGUAUGUACUGUUCUAGACACACUGCAAAAGAGAUGACUUGGCAUAGUACCGGGCAGUCGGAAACCGGUAAGAUGUGUCACCCAGUUGAUGGACUCGCUUGGAAAGAGUUUGAUGCAAAAUAUCCCGAGUUUUCUAAAGAACCUAGAAAUGUUCGAUUGGCUCUAGCUGCUGAUGGUUUUAAUCCGUUCGGUAACUUGACUCAUCCUCACAGCACGUGGCCAGUUAUUCUAACAACAUACAAUAAACCUCCAUGGUUAUGUAUGAAGGAGACUUCUUUCAUGUUGACAUUGUUAAUACCGGGUCCUAAAUCACCUGGGAAGGACAUGGAUGUAUUUUUGCGUCCUUUAGUGGAUGAAUUAAAAAUGUUGUGGGAUGAAGGAGUCCAAGUGAGAGACGCUGCAACAAACACUGUUUUCACAAUGCGUGCUGCACUUUUAUGGACUAUAAAUGACUUUCCUGCCCGUAGUAGUCUAUCUGGUUGGAGUGGUCAAGGAUAUAAAGCAUGUCCUACUUGUAAUGAAGACACUUCUUCAUGUAGAGUUAAGGGGAAAAUAGUUUAUGUAGGUCAUAGAAGAUUCUUACCUACUAAGCAUCAUUGGAGGUCAAGUCCUUUAUUCAAUGGCAAGUCCGAGAGAAGAGAUCCUCCUAGACGAUUCAAUCCUGCCAUUGUAUUACGACAGCUAGCUUCUAUACAAAUUCGUAAGCCAGGAAAACAUCCACGUUUACGCAAUGUGAAAAUAAGCCGUAAACAAAAAAAGUUUAACUGGUCCAAAAAGAGUAUUUUUUUUUAGCUUGAGUAUUGGUCUUCUCUUUCACUAAAACAUAAUUUUGAUCUUAUGCAUAUAGAGAAGAAUGUUCAUGAGAGUUUGUUGGGCACACUGUUGAUGAACGAUAAAUCCAAAGACAUGGUAAAUGCAAGAAAGGACUUGAAAGACUUGGGGAUUCGGGAAGAAGAAUGGCUUCAAGAAACUGAUGGUAAGACGAUAAAACCGCAUCCGAAGUACGCAUUCACUCCAGAAAAUAGGGAAAGAUUCUGUCAGUUCAUAAAAAGGGUUAAAUUACCGGAUGGGUUUGGAUCAAAUUUUAAGAAUAAGGUGAAUGAGAAUUGUACCAAUAUUAUAGGGUUGAAGACUCAUGACUCUCAUAUCCUUAUGCAACGCUUGCUGCCAAUAGGGGUUCGAGGAUACCUAGAUAAGAAUAUUGCAACCACAAUUUGUGAACUUUGCACAUUUUUUAAACAAAUAUGUGCACGAACUUUAUAUGUAGAAGAUAUGAUGAAAGCUGAAAAGGGGUUAAUUAACAUCUUGUGCAAAAUGGAAAUGAUAUUUCCUCCAGCUUUUUUUGACAUAAUGAUUCACUUGGUUCUUCAUUUGCCAGAAGAGGCUAUUUUAGGAGGACCUGUUUAUUUUAGGUGGAUGUAUCCCUUUGAAAGGUACAUGAAGAAGUUGAAAAAUUUUGUUAGGAAUAAAGCUAAGCCCGAGGGUUCAAUAGCAGAAGGUUAUGUAGCAGAGGAAGCUUUGUCCUUUUGUUCGAUGUAUCUUCAAGAUGUAAAAACUGCAUUUAAUCGCCCUGACAGAAAUGAGGAUACUGGUAUUCCGAAGAGACAGUUGUCUGUGUUUCAGUCACAAUGCCGACCAACAAGUAAGAAUAUUGUUGUACUACUUGAUGAAAGGGUUCGAAAAGCAGUCGAGUGGUAUGUACUCAACAACUGCUCUGAAAUUCGAGCAUAUAUUUGCCAAUUUGAGUCUGAAAAUCCUGAGGGAAAUCUGCAAAACGAAUUUGUUGGAUGGUUUUAUAAGAAAAUGUAUGGUUUGCGACAAGUUGGGUCUCCUGAGUGUACCGAGGAAUUACAUGCUUUGGCAAAUGGUUCUCAUUUUAGUGCUAACUAUUACACCUCUUGUAUAGUCAAUGGUGUGAGAUUUGUGACACACUCUCGUGACAUUCACCGCACCACUCAAAACAGCGGGGUUUCAGUUCCAGGAGAAGGGAAUGCUACAUAUUAUGUCAUGUCUGCUGAUGUGGCUCGAGGACAUGGUGGAGAUUGUGGUGGUGGUGGUGACCCUCCUCGUUGGAAUUCAAAUAGGAUACCUACAUCUUGCGAGACUUCAAAACAGAAAAACAAACGGGGUCCAUCAAAAGGAAAGAAUCUAGAGGCGGUUUGGAAAGCCAAUGGUAACAGGCCUUUACCAGUACUAUUUGACAAAUCUUUUGAGGGUACAUAUUAUGGUCUUGGAGAUAACGGGACAAAGAUGAAUACUUUACUUGGAAGCUUGGUACGUACUCUCGUCCCUCCAUACUAUUUGAGUUGGGAUGAAGUUCCUGUCGAGGUCAAAGCGCCGAUAAUCCCACGAGUUGAGACUUUUUUCGACAUCGGUCGCAACACACAUGAUUGGGAAAGAAUAAAUGUGGGCCUAGACCGUUAUUGUGCACGUCGGUAUGCAGAUAAUAAAUGGAAAUUGCAUGAUUAUUUUAAAAAACAGGGUGGUCGUAAUAAUGUGGCUAGAGCGAGAAGAAAUCCACCUUCAAGAUUGACACUUGAAACCUGAACCAGUUAAUAGAUGAUGUUUUCUUGAAUCAAAAAUGGCAGGACCGGUCCAACAAAAAUUCAGAUAAUCGCAAAAAACAACGGUUUUCUAGUUUCCAUGGAACUCGAUCUUACAUUAAUACAAGAUUCAAAAAGAUGAAUCCCGAGACAAAACAAAUUCAAGGUGCAAUAGAAAAUUGGCAUGACAAUCAUUUUAAGGAGAACCGUGGAUGGGCAAAUGAGCAAGCACGAUUAGCUUAUGAACAGUUGGUUGCAGAAAAGCAAAUCCAAUCUCAGCAUGCCACAUCAUCUUCUGCUAAUGGAUUCGUGGUAAAUGAAGGUGCUAUCUUUAGUAAGGUGUUUGGUGAUCGUCGUGGUCACAACAUUGGACUUGGACGGAAGUUAAAACGCCCGUCGGGUUUGCCAUGUUCCUCAAACACUUCGACACCAUCUUCUUAUGAGACAAUGAAACAGAUGAUACAAGGUGCACAAGAAGCUUCAGAUCGUCAUCAUGAAGAACAAAAUAGGAAAAGGUAUCAAGAUUUAAUUAAUGCACUUUUACUUGUGAUUCCAAAUGCAAAUCUUGCAAAUUUCCCACCUUUUGAGUCCACACCAACGUCUCAGUUUGACUACAACGCUUUUCUGGCUACAACAAAUCAAGUAUCAUCACAACAAUCCGGUGAUGGUGGUGAUGAUGAAGAUCUGAGUGAAGAUAAUUAGUUUUUUUUAUGAAACUUUGUAGGUUUGUGGUUUUAACUGGAUGUAUCUAGUAUGUUAGUUUAAUGUUUUAAACUUUUAAUGGAUUUUUGGCUAAAUUGGAUGUAUCGGAUUUAGUGUUUUAUUGAAAUAUGAAAUUAUAUGUUUUGUA